UUUAAUUAAUCCGUAAAAUAAAAAUAAUUUGCCUAAAUAUUAAAAAAAAAUUGUCUGAGACGGGUAUCCAAGGCUCAUUAUCCAGAAAAUGGAAUAUAUUUGGAAAUGUUAAAUUUUUAUAAUUAAUUUUUGUCACUUUCUUGUGAUUGGCAUCCAAGGUCCGCAAACUGAAACUCACAGCAUAAUUAUUAAAAAUUGCUUCGACUUUUUUUUUUUUUUUUGAGUUACUAUGGCUUUGCUUUUCUUUUUACUAGCAAUGGCGGACCCCUGAUAGCUUUGCUUUUUUUUCUUUUUUUUUUUGAGUUUGAUUGGUUUUCAUUUUCAUGGAUUACCAAAGAAUCCAAAAGCCUCAGGGCGGAGGUGGAUUUUCGCCUGCCAAGCUGAGGACUAUGCUGUUAGGAGUAGAAAAUAAAAGAAAACAAGAACAAGAAGUUGAAUCUUCAAUAGCUUUAAGAUCUCAACUUUCUCGCCUUGAUGAUAUAGGUAUCUUUUCAUUUUAUUUAUUUUCUCAAUAUUUUUGUUGGGUCUUUUUUUUAAUUGUUCCUUGUCUUGAAGAUAGUUGCAAAGAUGUAGAUGUGGUGACUGAGCAGAAUGCUGUUGAGCAUAGGUUAAAGGAUCAUCUUGGUUCAGAUUAUGAUAGUGGACAUGAUAAUAUGAGUGUGUCCUCAUCGAUCUUUGAGUUUCAGAAGGCUGAACGGGCACCACAAAGAGUUCCUAUUGGGCCAUUUUCUAAACCGGCGCCAUCCAAAUGGGAUGAUGCUCAGAAAUGGAUAGCUAACCCUACUGCGAAUCGGCCAAAGACAGGGCAGGGUGGGCAAGGGGUGGGAUCAAGAAAAGGUGGUAAUUUUGGCUAUGGGAGACAAUCAUCUACUAAGGUGGUUGUUGAAGUUCCUGAUCAAAGGAUGGUCGCUUUUGAAGAACCGGAUACAAAACGGAUUGAUAUGAAUCAUGCCAAGAAGGAUAAUGGGUUGCAGAAGUUAGUAAAUUGGGAGAUUGAUCCAUAUCCAAUUGUGGAUACAUAUGGGAAGCCUGUACUGAUGAUUGAGAACUCUGUUGCGGAGUCAGCUGUUAGUCUUAGCCAGCAUGAUUCAUCAAUGUCUAUACAUAGUGCUACAACAUUUAUUCCUCCUCCUUCAACAGCUAGAUCAGUAUCCAUGAGAGAUAUGGGAACAGAAAUGACUCCAAUUGCUAGCCAAGAACCGUCAAGGACAGGAACUCCUGUGCGGUCAACAACACCAAUUCGCAGUCCAAAUUCAUCCAGGCCAUCAACUCCCAGAAGAGCGGUGCCAUCUCCAGCAAAUCCACCUUAUGAGCAUGUAGAUCUGAACAUGGAGUUGUCGGAGAAGGAGCCACAAAUGAAAACAAGAAGAGAAAUUAUGGUUCUUGGGGCCCAGUUGGGUAAAACAAACAUAGCUGCAUGGGUUAGCAAAGAGGAGGAUAAGGAUGCAUCCACUUCACUGAAAACUGUAGCACCAGAACAACCAGCUAAAAGUGUCAUUGAAACCCGUGCAGCAGCAUGGGAGGAGGCAGAGAAAGCUAAGUAUACGGCCAGGUUCAAACGUGAAGAAAUGAAAAUUCAAGCAUGGGAGAACCAUCAAAAAGCAAAAACUGAAGCUGAGAUCAGGAAAAUUGAGGUUGAGGUUGAAAGGAUGAGGGGGCAUGCUCAUGAUAAGCUCAUGAAUAAACUAGCCGCUGCGAGGCACAAGGCAGAAGAGAAGCAUGCAGCAGCAGAAGCCAAGAGAAACCGACAAGCUGCCAAAACCGAGCAUCAAGCAGAAUAUGUUCGAAGAACUGGCCGCAUCCCCUAUUUUCCCUGCUGGAGUUGUUGCUACUGAAAAUUAGAUUUUACUACCAAAUCACUCUGCUCUACCCAUAAAGCCUUUUUGCACUUCCCAACUUCUAUAAAAAUAUUGUUUUUGGCUCUUUCAUGUCGUGCUAUUUCCUGGUAUUGAAAUAUCAUACUCCUCUGCAUUCCCACUGUAAAGCUAAGUUUUUGUAGCAACCCUGGUAAACUUGGUCAAAGCUAAAAUGCAGUUCAUUAUGCCUCUAUUUCUUUUCCAAACCUCCACCCAUCCCACUCCCAAAGGAAAGAAAGAAUACCUGUUGGGCAGAAGAUUAUGCUGAUUGAAAUUUAAAUUUUUUUGAGAUUCAUCAUAUAAAUUGUAUAUUUUAUUGGAUCAAUUAAUAUUUACAUUCAUUUCCAAGUGUUUUGGUAUUUCAA